GUUGAUAUUACAAGAUGUGGUUACAAUGUCAAAGACAGGUGACAUCAAAGUUUUUCUAAGGCCUUUCCGAACAGGUUACACUUACAGAAAAUUGUUAAAGGAUAUUAGUAGAAGAGGAGAAACUAAUUUAGUACUUAAUUUGCCACCAGAGAAAAUACCUUAUGUUCUCCGUGAGGAUCUGCAUACCAUCGACUUGCAAGAUUUCCAACUCGUCAGAUCAAACAUUACAGGUUUUCGCUUGGUUGAUCCGAGUGAAUUUUCCAAAGAACAACAAAAGGAUCGUUACAGUAAUAUUUUAGAAUACGGAAGGAUAAUUAAACAGCCGUCUUUACCAAAGACAGAAGCUGCUUUGUUAUAUGAUGCAGUAUAUCUAUUAGCGAAAACAAUACAUGAUUUGGAUAGAAAACACAUUCUUAAGCCACCAUCAGUUUCUUGUUCUGAAAAACGACCGUGGCCUCAAGGAAAACUGGUAGUGGAUCACAUGAAAACACUGACAUUUAAAGGGAUGACCGGUGAAAUUAAAUUUGAUAAAGACGGAUACAGAAGAAAUUUUACCUUGGAUAUCGUGGAAUUAAAACCCGGUGGCUUAAAAAAAGUUGGAAUAUGGUCAUCAUCAUCCGGAGUAUCUUUUUCUAAUAAUUAUGUUUCUGUGUUAAAGGAGGCAAUGCUCUCUCUCAAAAAUAAAACAUUAAAAGUGACUACUUUAAUAACUAAACCGUACGUGAUGCUCAAGCAAUCAGAAAAAAAACUGAUGGGAAAUGAUCAAUACGAAGGAUAUUGUGUUGAUAUUAUAUUCGAACUAUCCAGAAUUCUUGGAUUUAAAUAUGAAUUUCAUUUAGUGAGAGAUCGAGUUCACGGUGUAAUGAAUGAAAAGAAAGAAUGGAACGGUAUGAUACGCGAAUUGAUCGACAGAGAAGCCGAUCUUGCCGUCGGGGAUCUUACAAUAACGUAUGAAAGAGAACAAGUGGUCGAUUUUACGAUGCCUUUUAUGAAUUUGGGUGUUAGCAUUUUGUUUAGGAAACCAACGAAAAAAUUUCCAAAACUCUUUUCUUUUCUUCAGCCUUUAUCUAUAGAAAUAUGGAUAUAUAUGGCUACAGCCUACAUAGGAGUCAGCUUGUUGCUGUUUAUUAUAGCUAGAUUUAGCCCUUACGAAUGGGUCAGUCCACAUCCUUGCGAUCCUGAUUCGGAAAUUUUGGAGAAUCAGUUUAAUUUGCUCAAUAGCCUGUGGUUCACUAUUGGUUCUCUGAUGCAGCAAGGAUCCGAUCUAAAUCCCAGGGCACUUUCUACUCGUGUAAUUGCUGGUAUCUGGUGGUUUUUUACAUUAAUCAUGAUAUCGUCUUAUACUGCUAAUUUGGCAGCAUUUUUAACUGCAGAACGUAUGAAAUCUCCUAUUGAAAGUGCAGAAGAUUUAGCAAAUCAGGGAAAAAUUAAGUAUGGCUGUGUAGAAUCUGGAUCUACACGUUCCUUUUUUAAAGAGUCCAAAGUUUCUGCGUAUAAAAAAAUGUAUACGUUUAUGGAAGCAAAUCCUAGCGUGUAUACAUCUUCAUCAGAAAAAGGAAUGGAAAGAGUUUUAGAAGGUGAUUACGCCUUUUUAAUGGAAUCUGUUACCAUUGAAUAUUUAGUAGAAAGAAAUUGUGAAUUGACUCGAAUUGGCGGAUUGUUGGAUUCUAAAGGUUACGGAAUUGCAUUGCCUGCAGGUUCCCCAUACAGGUCAUUAAUUUCCAGCGGAAUUUUAAGGUUGCAAGAAACUGGUGUAUUACACGAAUUAAAAGAGAAAUGGUGGAAGAAAAAAGGAGGUGAUCUAUGUGUUGCCGAUGAAAAAAAGACUAGUAUUCUAACUAAUGAGCUAGGACUCGCCAAUGUCGGAGGUGUAUUUGUGGUGUUAUUAGCAGGAUUAGGAAUGGCGUGUGUCAUCGUUGUUAUAGAAUUUAUUGCUCACACUAGAAAAAAACCGCGUGAAGAAAGAAAAUUUUUACCAUAUGAAAUGGUGCAAGAAAUAAGACAACUGAUAACAAAUCAGGGAACAACUCGACCUAUAAGAUGGAAGUAUAUGGAUAAACAUAUAGUGUGGAGUGAUUCCGAUGCAACAUCUGUAUCAACAAAUUACGAUUUUCCAAACGAAAUACGUCAAAGCUAUAGAAAUUGAUUAAUAAUGGCGUAUCAAUGUCACUGUGUCAAUUAAAAAAGAAUUUUAAUAAUAUUUAACGUAUCUUUUAAAUCCAAAGGAGGUUAUUUUAAACCUCAGAUAUCAAUGUGUCGAAAAUUGAAUGCUGUAAAAAAGAAUAUAAGAAAUACAAUAAUCACUUUCGGGAAGGAAGGGAGAUUGAUUUGAAAAGAAAAUUUUAUUGAGCAUUCCAAAAAAUAAACAUUUUGAUAAAUAUUGACAAUUUGGAAGUGAUUUUUUGAUGGACGUAAACAAAUAUGAAUUUUUCAAACAAAUUAUAUUAUAGACAGGUAUAUGCAGUAUACGUUUAUAAUAUAAAAUUCUAGAUUUUUUAAGUAAUAAUUUGUUAUUUAUUACAUAUUUAUAUAAAACGAUAUAAUUAGAAAUACGAAAUUAUCGUGUGAUAAUUUUAUUAUCAUUAUCAUCUUACCAAAGAAAAAUAAUUGGUUAUUUUCAGCAGUUAUCCAAUAAAUCAACAGGGAAUCAUUAAAAAUUAUACUCGUGAGAACAGUUGCUUUUUAAAAUUUGCAAUACCAUAGAAAAGAUGUUUUAUCCAAUUUAAAAACAGAAAUAAAUUCAGAAUGAAACAAUGA